ACUGAAGACUUCUCCUAUCGGGACUCUACAAAGACCAGCCCACUUCCUCUAGUAUAAAGACCAACUCACUUUCUCCCUGUCCUCACAAAAUCACCAUUGCCCAGAUCUCCAGACUCUAACAAUGGAGGCAGAGCCAGUCGGGUUCCUCUUCCUCUUCACAAUCCUCAACUGGGCCGCCAUCAAAAUCCAAUCUUUUUUUUACCUCCGCUUCAUCUCCUUCCUCAAGAAACCAUCGGUCGUUAGCACUUACCCUCAUCAGCUGCAUCAAAACAGAGGAGGAGGCGUCAGGGUAAGCAGAGAAGAAGCUGAGUUGGUUGUUGAGAGUCUCGGAUUGCUCUGCGGCGAAGGUGGGGAGCAGCUAAAGGAGGAGAUGGGCACUGAUGAUUUUUGCUCGGUGUUUGAAGAGAGAGAGCCAAGUUUGGAGGAAACUAGAGAGGCUUUCUCUGUGUUCGAUGAGAACCGUGAUGGGUUUAUCGAUGCAGGGGAGUUGCAGAGGGUUUUGGCGUUGAUGGGGUUUAAACAAGGAUUGGGGUUAGAAGGAUGUGAAGGGAUUAUUGGAGGUUAUGAUGAGAAUGGAGAUGGGUUGAUUGAUUUUGAUGAAUUUGUCAAGCUUUUAGAGAGCAGUUUUUGCUGAAUUGCAACACCCCACCCCACGUUUUAUGGAGUCUGUUGUUAAUAGUAGUCUUUGUACGAAGCCUUGCUUGCGUACUAUGAGUAUAUAUUUUGAAUUGGGUUCCUCUCCACUACAAAAAAAAAAUAAUGGAGAGGCCACUAUUUUUAA